GAACGGCCAUCUAAGCCGAUAGGAAUUGGAUUGUUUUCCACCGCUUCAUCGUUCCUUAAUUCCUCCACCGCCUUAGAGUAAACACUUUUAGUUCCCGAUCCUUCCAUCUUCUGAUCGAUGUCUCCACCGCUUGCUUCUUCCUCCACCUUCUCUCUUCAAUAAUUUUUUUUCUCUGGGGACUCGAAGAUGAAUAACCCACCGCUUCCUAUGUCUUUCUUUCUUUUGCCAUCGGUGCUCCUUUAGUCGUCCAUUUUACCUCUUCCACUGCUUCACAGAUUCCAAUCGCCUCUCCUCCGAUUGCGCUACCGAUUGUUUCCCUCUCAUUCUACGACGGAAUAUUAGGUCAAUCGAUAUCCGACAAGCCGACUUCUGAUUUCAGCUGACGUUCUCAUUUAAGCUCUUUUCCUUGCAGGUUUCUACAUUCAUAGGGUGUAACUUGGCGCCAGAAAAAGCAUAAGAAUUCAAUACUUUCCUUCCCUUCUAUUAAAGACUAGAGAGCAAUGAAGCUGCGGACCCUCAGUAAACAAUUGAAUCGAAUCGUUUUUUCUGUAUUCAAUUUUAAACAUCAUCGCCACAUCUCCUCCUGACACCAACGCAUUCUGGUCACACACAGUCGACAAAGAAAUGGGAAUAGCAUUUCGUUAUGUGAUAAUUGGUGGAGGUGUCGCCGCCGGUUAUGCAGAUCUCGAAUUCACAAAGAAAGUUCCUAAAGCAAGCAUUCCCGAUCAUGUCGACCAUGCACACCAGGUGUUUGAUCUUUUGCAUAUUGUCUAUGUCUUUGAUAUUUUUUUUGCAGGUUCUCAUUAUAUCAAUUUAUCACUUCCAAUCUUUUGCAAAGCUUUUUUGUACACAGUUAAAUGCAACUCUGUACAUCCUAAUCCAGAUGUGUACAAUUUCGUGGUUGACUGGCCAUCGGCUUCAAGGGGUGAAUCGAAGGUUAAAAGAUCGAUGCAGGGAUGUUGUAGCAAAUUAGAGCCAAUGUAUGUAAAGUAUUGUGAAGUUUGUUGCUAUUUCCUGUUUUUUAAUAAAAGACUAUGAAAUACCCUCCAA